AUGGUUAGCAGAUAUCAGGGAAAUUCUAGUUUAGCUCAAUGGACUACAGUGAAAAACAUUCUUAAGUAUUUACGAAAGACAAAAGAUAUGAUCUUGGUGUUUGGCGACAAUGUUGAAUUUAUGGUCAGUGGGUAUAGAGAUGUCAGUUUUCAAAUGGAUCGAGAUAAUAGUUAUUAUCAAUCAGGAUGGGUUUUCUUAUUGAAUAGUGGAGAAGUAACUUGGAAAAGUUCCAAGAAAGAGACGGUUGUUGAUUCUACUUGUGAAUCAGAGUACAUCGCAACAAGCGAGGUAGAAAAUGAGGCUAUAUGGUUAAAGAACUUUAUUGGAGAUCUUGGAGUUGUUCCAUAA